AUGUUGGAAUGGAUCAAGGGGAGCACCUCCGCCGUGCUGGAGCCCCCCGAAACGCCAGCUCCCGUGUUUGCGAUGCGCGCGUUUAGGAGCGCUUUAUUCGGAACUCCCGGUGCAGAGGAGACCGAGCAAGAGGAAACAAAGAAAGAAGAAAACGUCGAAUCCCAGCCAGAAUCAUUAUCUCAUCAACGCAGUAAAAGCGACACCUCCAAGCCCAUCUUUGACAAGGAGCUCCUCAAACCAGACAUCAACAAUACAUUCAACCCAUCGGGGUCGCCCACAAAGAGUAUACUGGUGACCCCAGGUACGAUCGCGAAUCGUCGGAAAACCGUGUCUUUUGGAGAAGGCGUCGUUGAUAACGAGGGCAAGCGGGAGAGUCAGUCCAGCCGGGCACCAAAAACACCUCCGAAUCCCUCAGGAAUUACCGCCCAGUGGAUGUCGGGCUCAGCGAACGGCAAGCCACCGAGCAAACUGACACAAACACUUUUGGAUGCUCGCGAAAAUGCGUCCAAGAACGCGGAAUCAACGAGAUCAUCACAAGAGCAGUCAUCUGAGACCAAUUCUGCUGCGCAGCCUGUCACCCAGGAUGAACCAGGCAUGGAAGAUAUCACAAUGAACCUAGACGAACCGCGCUCCGAAUCCGGCAAGUACUGGAAGACUGAAUUCGACAACUAUCGGGUGCGAACCAAUCGCGAGAUCAAGAAGCUCAUCCAUUACCGAUCGAUUGCAAAGUCCUACGCGCGAAAGAAGGACUCGGAGGCUCUGCGCCUGGCAGAUAAACUACGAGAAGAAGAGGAGAAAGUUGCAGACAUGGAGAAACAAGUGACACGUCUGGCUGCCACCAUCGUUGGAGAAGGAUCCAAGGCGGAUAAAGAGCAAUUGAUUAGGGACUUGACCAAGCAGACAGCUUUGGCUCUGCAAUACAAGCAACAGGUCACUUCCUUGCGGAAUACAUUGGAACGGCAAGGUGUGGUUAAAGACAAUGUGGCGGAAGACCCCGAGCCAGCCAAGACAGAUAUUUCGACUAAGGGGACCUCCGGCUCUGUGGAAGAGCUACGCAAGGCACAGGAAGAGCUCAAGCUAGCGAACGCCAAGGUGGAGGAGCUAAAGCGCGAAAACCCGGAACUGAGCGAGCUCCGAAGCCUAGCGCAGAGUUCUGAAAAGAAAGCUCUGGAGCUCGAGAAGGAAAAUCAAUCCCUCAAGCAGAGUCUGGCACGCGUCAAGCAAGAAAUGUCUCGCUAUGAGGGCCGACGCAAGGAGAAAGAGGCCAAGCUUAAGCAGCGUGAAACGAAACUUGAGGCUCGUAUUCAAGAAUACCGUGAUCGGAUCAAGAAAACCACCCAAGAACAUCGCGAGUCGGAAGAGAAGCUGCGGGCCAGCUUCGAAGAAGAGCGUCGCCGCAUGCAGGCUCAAAUCGAUUUGCUCAAGGUCAGAGCGUCAGCCUCGGGCCGGAGUGACCUAAAUCAGCGACAACGGCAACAGCAACGACAACAACCACAGCUGUCACUCAGCCCUCGAAAGACACACGAAAGUGUCAAAGUUCAAGACUUUGGGCUGACCGAUGGUCCGCCACUUAUAGACGAUGACGACGAUGCCACCGCAGACUUUGGCGGGCCACCGAGUCCCAGCCCUCGGUCCAAGAUUUCAGGAAAGCGCUUCCAAGCCAGGAAUGUGACUACUGGCACCAUUGACGCGAAGCGCGCCGCGCAAAAUGUCACCGCCGAUGAUGACGAAGUUACGCACUAUCUGAACGAGAUCCUACCGAGACCCAACGUCGCCUACCGCAGCACCCAUAACGCAGUGCCCCCUUCCUCCCCGCCAGACAUCCCAGCACUGAGAACCCUCGAUCGCAAUACCCAAAAGACCCAGAAAGUAGAUGACAAACAGCUUAGCUACCGCUCACUCUACCGACGAGAUCCCGCAGUAUCAAAGGAGGAUCGCUAUGGGGACCUUGCUCUGCAGCCCCGUUCACACAUCAAGUCCGCGCUUGAGUCCAUGUCUCCGCUGCCCUCGUCGCGCCAAACAUACGCGGGCAAUACCUUCAACGGAGGCAGUCGCGGGCUGCGGCGAACAGGGCUCGCUGAUCUCAGAGCUGAUGGUUUAUCACCCGAACGCCGGGCUGCGGCGUUGUCGAGAUUGAGGCAGAAGGAGGAUCUCCGAAAGUUGAACCAAAUGGGCAAGGAGAAUAGCGCAGGGAAAGUCUUGGGUUGA